AUGGCUCCGAUUCCAGUAUCCGACUCUAGUCGGGUGAUUACCUAUUACCAAACACACCAUGAUCCGGAGGGGAACUUCAUCUCCAUAUUACCGGUAGUCAAGGACGGCCAUAUCACCGUCACGCACGUAAUGCUCGCCGCCAUCCACAUCAACGAGGAUCCUCUCGCCAUCACCCUCAACGACCACCCUCCCAGCCACCCCCGCUUCCAGACCCUCUGGGCCGAGCUCCGCGUCGUGCAGGCCCACGGCGUCAAGGUCAUGGGGAUGCUCGGCGGCGCCGCCCCAGGCACCUACGUCCGGCUAGGCGCCGACGACGACACCUUUGAGAGGUACUACGCCCCGCUGCGGGACCUCGUCCGCCAGCGCGGCCUGGACGGUCUCGACCUCGACGUGGAAGAAAAGAUGGAGAUGAGCGCCAUCAUCCGCCUCAUCGACCGCCUCCGCCAGGAUUUCGGCAAGGCCUUCCUCAUCUCCAUGGCCCCCGUCGCCGCCGCCCUCCUCAACCCCGAGGCCAACCUCAGCGGCUUCGACUACGAGGCCCUCGAGGUCAUGCGGGGCCGCGAUAUCGACUUUUACAACGCCCAGUUUUACUGCGGCUGGGGCAGCCUGGAGAGCACCGUCAUGUACGAGUGCAUCGUCGCCAAGGGGUGGCCCGUACACAAGGUGGUGGUGGGCCUCGUCACGAACCCUGAUAACGGCAGCGGCUUCGUCGACUGGGACCGCCUCUCGCCGCUUCUGCUCGCGCUGGCUACCCAGUACCCUCGCUUCGGGGGCGUGAUGGGAUGGGAGUACUUCAACAGCCUGCCAGGAGGCAAGGAGCGCCCGUGGGAGUGGUCCAAAACGAUGAUGUCCAUCGUCGGGCGCCCGAGUUCCGCCCUCAACAUUCCGGCGAAGGCUGAAGCUGCAACGUCUGCGAAUAACCCGAUCCAGAGACCAUCGCACCAGCCUGGCGAGGUGGACAUUGAUGACGGUGCAUCAGCCCCGGUUCCGCAGCCGUUUGAUUAUCUUACAGACAGCGAGGACUGA